GCCGACGCCGAGGGCCAGUACUCCAUCGUGGCGGUGAGCGGCGGCCAGCCAGACGUGCCGACCGACGGGAGCCCGUUUGACCCGUCAACGUACAAGUGCACGCCCCGCGAGCUCGGCAUCAACAACGCGGGCCUGUGGAUCCUCUCGCGCGAGCCGGUGGCCGACCCCGCGGCCGUCGCCCGAGCCGAGGCGGCGCUCGAGGCGAUGGGCGUCGCCACCACCAAGCUGCUGCCGGUCCCGCAGGGCGCUGAGUGCGAGGACGCCUACGCCUCGCGCUUCCUCAAGCCGCGCGACUGCGGCCCGACGGCCGACGGCCAGGGCCGCUGCAACCCGACCGCGACGGCGCCGCCCGCGCCGUCAUGCGCCUUUAGCAACAACCCCCUCGGCCAGGCCGCCUGCGACCUCGCGACGGCGAUCGGCACUUGCCAGUGA